GGCAGCACCUUACUGUUUUGUUAUAUUUGCUGGGAAAUAAACAAAGGUUGGACGAAUGUUUAGUUUAUAAUAAUAAGAGCUAAUGCAGGAGAAGAGAUCGGAGGAUAUGGCCAGGAGAAGGUCGAGGAAAAGGAGCAAGCGACGCAGACGCCGGAGGAAAAGUGACGGGAAACCAAAACCCACACAAACAACUCAAGAUCAGUGCACCAUUGCAGCUCAAAUAUAUCAAAGGCUAUUUCAAUGGCACCACAAUCAUGUUAUGAGUCUUUGCCCCGUGAUCAAUCCGAAUCAGGACCAGGAUUACGAGGACAUCAUCAAGGAACCUGAAGUAUCGCACUGCCUGGAUUAUGUCUACGAAAGUUCCUCGGAUGAUGAGGCUGACGAAUCCAUUGACGAGGAGUAUCUGAAGUUCCUGGAGGUCACCAUCAAGCACCAACAGGAACUGAGGGACCUAAGAGAUGCCCAAAAUACCAUCUCUUGAAAUAAGGCUUAUGACAAAAUUUGUAUUGAGGGGCUUCAUUUAUCAAAGAGCCAAUUAAAACCAUAGCAGUUAAGAUAAACUAAGUCGAACUUCUUCUAUCUGCCCAAUUUGAUUCUCAAAAAAUCUGCAUUCAAAAUUUUCAUUUUAACGUUGGUCCAAUUUUUGA